UCUUCCUUCCUGCAAGGAACAUCUCCUGCUCCUCUCGUAGUGUAUUCUCAAAUUAUAUACAAUCGUGGACAAAAUUAAGUGGAUGAAGGUAUCAUAAAUAACAAAAGAUUGUACUUGUAAAAUUAUUCCGUGAGGUGCGGACAAUAUUCUGGACAUUAUGAAAUUAGAAAAUAUUACGAUUGAAGAAGCGGUGGAGAUAGCUGGAGGGAACAAAAAACUCUAUGAAGAGAAGUUCGAUAAAUUUCGACAAUGGUUGAAACAACAAGUUCAUCUUCCUCAAGACAUCUCAGAUAAUCGAUUACGGAUCACGCUUUUAACUUCAAAAUUGAAUCUAGAGAAAGCUAAAAAACGUUUAGAUUCGCAAUACACACUUCGUACCUUGCUUCCUGAGUUUUUCACCAACUAUGACCCGCAGAAUGAUAACAUCGCUCUAGUACACAAAUGUCUACAAUGGGUAAUUCUACCAAAGCUGACGCCAGAAAAAUAUCGAAUUACUUUUUUCCGAUUUAUAAGCGAAGACGCUUCUAUCUUUCAUCUUGCGGAUCUGAUGAAAUACACAUGCAUGUUAACAGACGUACGUAUAGAUAUAGAGGAAGACAUGGUAAAUUCUGAUAUUUUAAUAGCUGAUUUUGCUUAUUUUACUUUUAAUCAUUUGCUUAAAUACAUACCAAGCCUUGUUAGAAAGAUUGACCUUUGCACGGAAGCAUACGGUUUGAGAUACAAAGGAAUUUAUAUAAUAAACGCACCGUCUUAUAUCGGUAGAUUCUUACAGUUAAUAAAAACGUUUAUGAGUCCAAAAAUUUAUGAGAGAGUGAAAGUUUUCGAAUCCGGAAUAGAAUCAAUAUGUGAAAUGAUAUCAAAGUCCAAUUUACCCGCGGAUUACGGCGGUGAAGAACCGUCAUUGGAAGCUCUAGCAGAUAUGUGGCAUGCGAAAUUAUUGGAACGAAGAGAAUGGUUACUGGAGCAAGAAAAAGUUAAGAGCAACGAGUCCCUACGAACUGAUCACGUAAUAAAUGCGGAUGAAUUAUUUGGAGUUAAUGGGACAUUUCGCAAGUUAGAAAUCGACUAAUAUCUCAAAAUUAUCUUAUCUGAUAUAUUGUGAUGUUAACGAAUUCCAACAUAUAUAACGCUAAU